AUAUAAAACCCAGGUCUCAAAUUGCCGCUUUCAUUUGAAUAGCUUCCCCAACAAACCACCCAAUUUCUUCCGAGAGAGAUGAAUUCAACUUCGUCGAAAUCCGCCAGUUCGUCUGGUUCAAAAUCCAAGCGAAGCUUCAACUCCAACACUUCUAGCAGCAACAAGACGAAGACCAGCGCCAAUCAGAAAACCCUAGGCGUCUCUUGGGGCGCCAAUUCUCUCUCCUCCUUCCAGCGAUCACCAUUUUCCGAUUUCGGAAGUUACAUGGUGGAGACGAAUAGUAAACUGCAGAAUCAGUUUGAGACUGAAGCUUCGACUUCUUUGAGUUCCGAGAGGAGUGUUUUUUGUGGCGUUUCGAUUUUCGUUGAUGGUUUUACAGUGCCUUCUAGUCAGGAACUGAGGGCGUACAUGUUGAACUAUGGUGGGAGAUAUGAGAAUUACUUUUCAAGGCGUCGCGUCACACAUAUCAUCUGCAGUAAUCUGCCUGACAGUAAGAUAAAGAACCUGAGGUCUUUUAGUGGAGGGCUCCCAGUUGUGAAGCCUGACUGGAUUGUGGAUUCAGUGGCUGCUAACAAGCUCUUGAGUUGGGUUCCUUACCAACUUGAACAAGUUGCUUGUAACCCACCAAUGUUGUCAGCCUUCUUUGCUCCAAAGAUAAUUCAGGACUCUGAUGAUGCUUUGAGAGAUUCAUCUGAUCAAGUAAUACUUGAAAGUGAGGAUAAUUCUCUGGUAGGAACCAGAUUAGAAGAUUGUAAUGAGUCAGUAUGUAUAUCCACUGAACACGGACGCGAAAGUUGCAGAGAAUCUGAUGAUAUGAUAUGUGAAAAUGGCAAUGGACAUUUUGGUGAGAAGGCGUAUGCCAGUGAAAAAUAUUCUGAUGUAAAACUAGAAGAAGUGCCUAGUUCGGAUGCAGAAGAUAGUAACAGUAAACAAAAUGAACUUAAAUCUAGUACCUGCCUGCACUUAACUUCCGUUAUCAGCAACUGCUUACCUAGAUCGGAAAAUAUUGGGUCUCAUUGAAGUCAUUCAACCCUUGGGGAUCCCAAUUUUGUGGAAAAUUAUUUUAAGAGCUCCAGGCUGCACUUUAUAGGAACAUGGAGAAAUUGGGACCGUAAGCGUUUCCCUAGUUCGUCUAAAGGCUUGGAUGACACAGAUUUUAACCGUUCUGCUCCCGAUAGUUCUCUUAAGACUCCCAUUAUACAUAUUGACAUGGACAGUUUUUUUGUGUCCGUGGUUGUCAGGCAAUGUCCUGAACUUAAGGAUAGACCUGUAGCUGUAUGUCAUUCUGAUAAUCCAAAGGGGACUGCUGGAAUUUCAUCUGCAAACUAUCCUGCUCGAGAUUAUGGAGUGAGGGCUGGGAUGUUUUUCAGAGAUGCUAAGGCUCUUUGUCCACACCUUGUCAUUCUUCCUUAUGAUUUUGAAGCAUAUGAGGAGGUAGCUGAUCAGUUCUACGACAUUCUGCAUAAGCACUGCAGAAAAGUACAAGUAUUAAGCUGUGAUGAAGCAUUCUUAGAUGUCACAUACUUGGAAGGGGUAGAUACAGAUAUGUUAGCCUCAACUGUGAGACAAGAGAUUUUUGAGACUACUGGAUGCACUGCAAGUGCUGGCAUAGGUGGAAAUAUGCUAAUGGCUCACCUUGCAACAAGAACUGCCAAACCAGAUGGUCAAUGCAGCAUUCCUCCUGAGAGGGUGGAUGAUUAUUUAUCUGAACUUCCCAUCAAGACGCUUCCAGGAAUAGGACACGUUUUAGAGGAGAAAUUGAAGCGAAAUGUUUUGACAUGUGGACAGAUGCGUAUGAUUCCUAAGAUGGCCUUUGUUCCUUCUUGUAAUGAAGUUUUAUGCACCAUCGGGAACUUGAAGUUGGAGAGUUUUAAAUGCCGGAAUUCUAUGUUUGAUACUUUACGGUAUGUCAAGGAGAUUCGAGGUAUUGGUUUGCAAGUUUCCAAGCUUGAGAGUGUAGGUGCUUCAAAGCAAGGACUUGGGAAAAGCUCUUUGAAAUCAUGGCUCAAAUCUGCCAAAGCAAAUACAGAAGAACGAUCCAAUAUUUACUCUGUAGAUGAUGGUCGCAUAUGUGGUGCAGAUUGUGAGGAUCGGGGUACCGAUCAAAGUGUGGGCCCGCUAUGUGAAAAGUCACUUGGUAUUCGAACUGCAGUAGACAAUCAUCGGUCUAGUGGUGAAACUUCUGUGAACCAGGUUUCAGCACCGCCACCUUUAUGUCAUCUUGAUUUAGAAGUUAUUGAAAGUCUUCCACCAGACCUUUUUAUAGAAUUAAAUGGGAUCUAUGCUGGCAAGUUGGUUGAUUGUGCUAAACAUAAACAAGAAUUGGGUGCAAUGUCAUCACAUGAACAAGUAGAUGGUGCAAAAAAGGGGAGUGGGAGACAAUUCAAUGAUAUGCGCCUAAGGGAUGAAAUUGGACCAGAACCCAUGCAUACAGUUGCAGAAAAACAUGUGCCUUCUUUUGUGGGAGGGUUCUGUGAUGUGGUAGUUUCAGUUUCAACAUCAGAGCUUGGAAAUACUGAUGUGAUGCCUGCAUCCUUAAGUCAAGUAGAUCCCUUGGUGUUGCAAGAAUUACCUCAAGAACUGAGAGUUGACUUACUUGAGCAGCUUCCUGCGCACAGGAGAUCUGACUUACCUUCAAUUGCUGCCUCAGACCCUCUUGCAGGGAUACCUGGAGAAUCAAUUGGUAUGGGGGACAGAAACCAUUCUACAUCAGAUGAACCUGCAUUUAACAAGCUUUGGAUUGGAAAUCCUCCACGUUGGGUUGAAGAGUUCAAAGCCAAAUGCAUGAUAUUAAAUGUUCUUGCCAAGAUUUAUGAUAAAUCAGGGUCAAGCGGAAACUUAUCUGUAAUUCUGCGCAGUACUAUCAUGGAAUGUCAUCAUCCUCUAGAUUCAAGUUCUGACAGUUGGAUUCAAGCUGUAUACAGCUUCUCUCAGCUUCUCAGGCAGUAUGAUAUUGAAGAGAUCUAUCUUUGUUUUCGGCUUCUUAGAAGGUUUAAAACGAAGUCAAAAUUUUUCUUGCAAGUAUACAGCGUCUUUCCUUACCUUCAGGCAUCUUUUACUGAUAGCUAUGGAGGAAACUUGCACAUUUAGAGUUGUGCUUCCAGUCAGCAGCAUCUCCAACUGACCAAUUUUUUGAAUCCAAAUAAGAACAAUAUCUUCGGAAGGUAGACUGCAAAAUCCUAGCAUUGACCCUGUAAGAUAGGAUGCGUUGGAGCACAACUUGUACGGUAAAUUGACUUGAAUUGUUCCUGCUAGGUGUAUGCUUGGACAUGCUUAUUCAUGCCAAGUAUUGGUGAUGCACUUUCUGAACUCUGGUGGAAAAUUUUGCAAAAGGUUUGCAAAGGUAAAUGAAUGCAAGUAAAGAAUUGGUCAUUAUUGAAGAGUAUUCAAUCUGAUUCUGUGUUGAAAUUAAAUAUGGCAUUGAUCAAGGAUGGGGUUUUCAAUGUUCUUCAGAAAAGGUAGGCAUGUCCCUUGAUAAUUGUUCAAGGAGAGUCAUCUCUGCAUCACCAGUGUCUCACCUUGUGCACGGUCAUUGACUCAUUGUUACCUUGAUGUCAGGUUAUUCUCUUUUUUGAUGUCGUGGGGUGUCUGGAAACUGAUGUCAGUAGUCAUUUAUUCGGUUUUUUUAUUUGUUCUGACAUAUGGUGCUGCCAAUGCACUUGUUGAAUGUGGAUUUCGCCUUCAACCGGUGGUGUAACGGAGACUAGUUUUCCCAUCAAAUGAAACUGCUCAGCCGAUGGCAUCAGGCUGGGUGGGACGAGGAAUUGCAAAUCUAUGUUCAGGUCUUGUAUAAGCAAAGAGUUUAGCUAAUGGGGUGGUGCUUGGAGACUGGUGCUUGAGAUUAGGAGUUGGCUGUGUUAUUUGGUCAGAUUUGUGGUGCUUUUAUUGCUCUCGUUAAAUGCGGACCUGCCUUCAAGGCUUCAACGUGCGACAUAACAUAGAUUAAUUGGACUUCCAUCCAUGAAGCUUUUCCGAAAUUGCUCACUCAAUGGAAGUCUGAAACCGCAGCAAAUAGUAGGGGGAUACCCAGCCUAACACUCCAACUAUUUCAACCAUUUAUUCCAUUUGGUGUGUUAGCACCUGUUUCUGACUCUUUAGGAUCCCUUGCCUCAAGUUUGUUUAAGGUCGUGUGCUUUGAUUUUUAGUGUAGAUAAGUGUAAGGUUGGACUUCGUAUUUCUUAAUUUAUAGUCCAAAUCAAGCAUGCCAAAGCUCCUUUGAAAAAAAAAAUUCAUAGCCUAAUUCCUUCAAGA